AUGCCAGGUCGAUGGGAUAUCAACCCUCACCUUUCAGGCGACGAAGAAAUCGAGGUAUAUCUUUACAACGUGAAGUGUGACGAGGCACAGGCUCUUCCGUGUAUAAAAUGUGGCAUCAACGUAUGCGAAGAAUGUCGCUGCUAUCCACGCGCCGCUCCCCCAAACGCUCGUCCUGAUCGUCGACCGCACUUGAGAGGACGUUUUGAGCUGGACAACAUCAUGUGCUUAUGCGAGGGAUGCGACAACAAGACUGAGGAGGAUAUAAGAGGCAAAUUCGCCAAUCAGCGAUGUGAUUGCGAUAUCUAUACCAGAUGGAUAUGCGUGCGAUGCGUAAAUGAAGAACGAAAAACAACAAGAAAGUAUUUUGCAGAAAGAACGCAAAUGGAGUGGGAUUGGAUCGUUAGAUACGAUGUUGACUUUGGAGAUGAUUGCGAGCCCUCCAAGACGCUGCAUGAUCAUGUUUUUGAGCGAGCGUUCUGGUGUACCUGCGGCAGAACAGUACCGCACAGGACAGUUCCGCGAUGCAUCUGGUGCAGAAGGCGACAUUUGCCAGAAACUGAAUGGUACCAGGAGAGGCUAGAGAUUGGAUCGAAACAUCCAUUCUUUGACGACAACCCAAAUUACCCGCGAUGGGUGAGCGACGAGAACAACAAAUACCCCAGCCCAUACCCCAGACUCGGCUACCAGAGUGAAACCAAUAGAUAUGGGGAGAUUCGUAGCGAAUGA